AAAUGAUGAAAGCUGGAAUAGAAACAGCCCAUCUUGAAGCCCAAUAUAAGUCAUAAAGCUCGCGGCCCAUUGUCUCCUCCAAAACGCCUUUUGUUGAAUAGAGCGUAGUGGAGGAGAGGUGUAUCGGAGAGAGCAGAAGACAACAAUGGCGACAGCAGCAGCGGCACCGCAACACCCACACCAUCCGACAACUCUGGAGGAAGUCCGUACGCUCUGGAUUGGGGACCUACAGUACUGGGUCGAUGAGUCCUACCUCACCUCCUGCUUCGCUCACACCGGCGAGCUGGUCUCAGUGAAAAUAAUACGCAACAAGAUCACUGCACAGCCUGAGGGAUACGGAUUUGUGGAGUUUGUUAGUCAUGCGGCAGCAGAAAGGAUUUUGCAGUCUUACAAUGGGACACAAAUGCCUGGAACUGAGCAAACUUUCAGGUUGAAUUGGGCUUCUUUUGGUAUUGGAGAAAGACGGUCUGACCCUGGUCCUGAGCAUUCUAUUUUUGUUGGGGAUUUGGCACCAGAUGUUACAGAUUAUUUAUUGCAAGAGACCUUCCGAGCUCAUUAUCCAUCUGUUAGAGGUGCCAAGGUGGUGACUGAUCCAAAUACUGGACGCUCAAAAGGAUACGGAUUUGUCAAAUUCUCUGAUGAGAAUGAAAGAAAUCGUGCCAUGACUGAGAUGAAUGGCGUCUAUUGCUCAACUAGAGCAAUGCGUAUCAGUGCAGCAACUCCAAAGAAGACCACUGGUUUCCAACAGCAAUAUCCCAUGGCAAAAGCUGUGUAUCCAGUUCCAGCAUACACAACUCCAGUGCAAGUACUUCCAGUUCCAGCAGAUAAUGACAUCAACAACACCACAAUUUUUAUUAGCAACUUGGACCCUAAUAUCACUGAAGAGGAAUUGAAGCAACUAUUUUCCCCAUUUGGAGAUAUUUCUUAUGUCAAGAUUCCUGUCGCUAAAGGAUGUGGCUUUAUACAGUUUGUGACAAGGACUUCUGCUGAGGAAGCCAUUCGGAGAAUGGAUGGGCAAAUCAUUGGUACACAAGGAGUUCGAAUUUCUUGGGGUAAGAACACAACAGCAAAGCAGGACAUACCUGGUGGCUGGAGUGCACAGGUAGAUCCAAGUCAAUGGAAUGCAUACUAUGGCUAUGGACAAGGGUAUGAUGCCUAUGCUUAUGGGGCUGCACAUGAUCCAUCAUUAUAUGCAUAUGGAGCAUAUGGUUAUGCCCAGUAUCCUCAGGUUGAAGGUGUUCAAGAUAUGGCAGCAGUGGCAGGUGGGAUCCCAGCUGUUGAUCAGAGGGAAGAGUCAUAUGAUCCCUUGGCUACACCUGAUGUUGAUAAGUUAAACGCUGCUUACCUUUCUGUGCAUGGAAGUGCCAUAUUAGGUCGGCCAUUAUGGCUGAGGACAUCCUCCCUCACCCCGCAAGGUUGAGCAUCUCUAUAUUGUUUAUGGGAUAAUAAUUAUGACAUGAUCUACAUGGUUGCCGGAGAGACUGUGCGUCACUUAUGGUGCACUAGGUUGCAAGAAUCCGUCAUGCAGAGAAAAUGGUUAGAACAUGCGUCAGCCUGAUGAAGUAAUUAAUGGAUUGGCAGAAAACAAGAAUUAGUGCAUUUGUGUUUUUUCUCAAUUUCUUUUGAAUUGCUUUAUGGGAUACUGUUUCUUUGUAGUUUUAGAUUAUUGCUUGUUACAUGCCCUAUCCGGAAAACAUUUGUAUGAGAUAGAGAUUGAAAAACAAGCAAAUCUGGCUUUUGUAUUGCCAUGAAAAGUUGACAUUUUACAAUGGGUUGUGAUUUACUUGAAAGUGUUAUUUUUCAAUUU